AUGCCAACAGCCACAGGACAACCACUCAAGGAAGAUUUCGACACAGAUAUCGUUACGUUACCAAGAUUUCUUCUGGAAUCGCAAAAAUGUGCAAAAAAUGCCACCGGUGAUUUCACGUUGCUGCUGAGCGCAUUGCAGUUCGCCUUCAAGUUUAUAUCUCAGACCAUAAGAAGGGCAGAACUGGUUCAUCUGGUGGGUCUUUCAGGGAGCUCCAACUCGACGGGAGACGAGCAGAAGAAGCUUGACGUCCUAGGUGAUGAAAUAUUCAUCAAUGCGAUGAAAUCAAGUGGUAAUGUCAAAGUACUAGUUUCGGAGGAGCAAGAUGAUCUGAUCUUGUUUCCCACGACGACAGGCACAUACGCCGUGUGCUGCGACCCUAUCGAUGGCUCUUCCAAUCUGGAUGCAGGUGUGUCUGUUGGCACGAUUGUGUCUAUUUUCAAAUUGCAGCCAAAUUCUACCGGAACGAUUAAUGACGUGUUGAGAUCUGGCCUCGAAAUGGUUGGUGCGUGCUAUGCGAUGUACGGCUCGUCGACACAUCUGAUGCUAACUACAGGUCAAGGCGUCGACGGGUUCACGCUGGAUACAAGCAUCGGUGAGUUCAUACUUGUCUAUCCAGAUUUGCAGUUGCCAAGCCACCGAAACAUAUAUUCGAUAAAUGAAGGCAAUUCGUUUUAUUGGACUCCGUUGAUUCGGUCCUUCAUUGAGGAGCUUAAAAAGCCACAUGAGAAGGACAACGGCAAACCGUAUUCUGCCAGAUACGUUGGUUCCAUGGUAGCUGAUGUCCACCGGACUUUCCUUUACGGUGGUCUAUUCGCUUAUCCGGCUGAUAAUAAGUUACCCAACGGCAAGUUGAGACUCCUUUACGAAGCCUUCCCCAUGGCGUUCCUUGUCGAACAAGCUGGUGGUGUUGCCGUUAAUGAUGAGGGUAAGAGAAUACUAGAAAUUAUGCCAAACCAUAUUCACGAUCGGACGUCAAUUUGGAUGGGUUCCACAGAUGAAAUUAAUAAUUACUUAAGGCAUAUUGGUAAACCUGAGUUAUAG